CAAUCUUACUUUGAAUGUUGAAGAUAGACUUCUCAGCGAGAAGUCGAGCUUUCGAGAAGUUUCAAACGUUGAUAACUUACGACACGAUACGUCUGUCCGGUUUUAUAGUAAGGUAAGGUAGUAGUAUUGAAUGCUGGAGUUCUACGAUUGAGACAUCAAGAUCUGUAGAAAAAGUGUUGAUUGCUGGUUGCAGGUGCUUUCCGCUGUCAGUUGUCAGCAUUUUCGGGAAUGAUCCAAUAAAAUUCAAUAUUUCAGAUUCGUUGAUUGUUGGUUCAUCAUAGUUGUUACUACCAAAACUACCGUACGGAUCCGUACCAAAGGAAGACCAGAAGACCCCCUCUCUUCACUUUCUUACUUACUUGUCUAAUUUCAACUACAGGUAGGUGCACUCCUAUUACCAUGACGUCUUAUACAAUGAGGAGUUUUCCAUUCCUACUAUUUGUGUCUUUGAUGGCACGGGCAGCGAAAACCACCGCCUUCACAGUGCCAGCAUGUACAACUUCCAGGAACGUCGUAGCCGGCGAACGUGCCACUUCAAACCARCGGGGACUGUCUAUGAGUAGCAGCAGUACUGGAGAGACGGAGGUCGAGAGACUCUUGCGAAUGGCGAGGGAGUUGCGUGCCCAAGCCGAGGAAUCCGAGAAAGAAGUUCACGAACAAUUGGCCGACAAGAAGGCAGAUCGCGAAACCCGCCUCGGCACACUGGUCAACCACCUCUUCUACGACGGAACCAAGGGCGAAGAUAUCGGGAAACCUGAGACAGCCAUUAACAAAAAGUCCGUUAUUGUCGAGCGACUUCGUUCCAAGAAACCAUCUACGGAUACGCUUGAGAAGCUCGUGGACUGGCUAGACGAUCGCAGGGAUGUUGCCCUCGGCAAUGAGCACGUUGAAUCGAGAGGUGAAAAGUUUGUAAGCGUUCGUAGCGAKAAGGAUGAUGCAGAAGCGGARCGGCUCAACAGUCUUACACUUCAGCUAUUGGAUGCCUUGGAACUAAUCGAUGACGAAAAAAGAAAAGAUGACGGCCACCUGGGAGGUGGGCACAACUCUGCAGAUCUAAGGCAACGCUUGAGCGAGAAACGCCGGAAGCGGGACGAGCAGUUCCUGGAACGCCAGGCGUCAUUUCGAGAAGCCCAAACCAUCAAARAGGGGAAAAGCAAGUAUGAAUACCACGAUGAAUUUUUGGACGAUCUAGAUUAAGACGAGUCGCCGGGAUCUUAUGAUUGCUUUCGCCGCUGUUGUCAUCUGGCACUUUCAACACAACAUCAAAUCGCAUUCAAUGGCCAGACUGCUUCGUCCUGUGMGCAACCUAGAUUAGAUCCAUUGCAUCGCACAGUACGCAAACAAUCUUGAUUUGAUGUCUUGAUAACUAGUACCGUAUUAUUUGCAUAUUGGAACCGCACAUUGC